AUGUCUUCAGCAUCGUCAACGCCAAUCACUAAAACAUAUUUCGAUGUAGGAUCGCCCACUUUUAACAUUGAAAUUGAUAUUACAAAAUCGCACGAAAAGUUGCCUGAAAGUUUUCCAGAAGAUAGUACAGGAGGUGUACUGCCGAUCUCCAUCUUUAAGAAGAAACUAGCGAAUGGUGAAUUUGUGCCUAGAGAUUGCAGACUUCCACAAUCUCAACGAUCAGCUUUAACAUCAUCUGAAGGUUAUUCCACUACACAAAAGUGGAAGAAAUUACAUGACAAAGUACCUGAACAUGAGAGAAGUGCUUCGCACAAGAAUUGUUACAUCGCAUGGAAAACGGAACAGAGAAAAUUGAAAAUGGACACUUCAUUAAGUGGCUUAUUGUUUAAGUCUAUACAACAUGAGCAAGAAGUGUGGAAAGAAAUCUUAAAGCGACUACUUCAUGUAACUUUGUUUUUAUGUGAGAGGGGUUUGGCUUUUCGCGGAGACAGUAACAGAAUUGGAGACCUUUCCAAUGGUAAUUUUCUUGGACUUCUCGAACUUCUAGCAAUAUAUGAUCCGAUCCUAAAUGACCAUUUACGGAAAGUGCGUCACUCGCAAGAAACCGGUACAAGACUACAGGUACACUAUUUAUCAUCAGAUAUUCAGAACGAGUUUAUAGAUAUCUGCGCAGCCGAAGUAAUAAACUAUAUUCUUCAAAAACGUGAAAAAGCAAAGUAUUUUGCAAUAAUUGUGGAUGCAACCCCAGACUCUGCUCACAUUGAACAAACGGUAUUUUUAAUAAGAUAUGUAAAUUUGACCGAUGAAGCUGGAGGAAUUUAUAAAAUCGAAGAGCGUUUUUUGACAUUUGCUGAUUGUGCUCAAAAAACAGGGGAAGCCAUUACCCAGCUUAUAGUAUCAAAACUUGAGCAAUUUAAAAUUCCUUUAGCAGAUUGUCGAGGACAAGGCUACGACAACGGCAGCAACAUGAAAAGUGCUUAUAAAGGGGUGCAGGCAAAAAUACUGGCUGUCAACAAUCUAGCGAUCUAUUCUGCUUGCGCCUGCCACUCUAUCAAUCUUUGCGGAGUGCAUGCAGCUGAGAGUUGUAGUGCUGCCCUUACAUUCUUCGGAGUUAUACAAAAAUUGUAUAAUUUAUUUAGUUCCAGUCCCCAAAGAUGGGAAAUAUUACAGAAGAAAAUAGGUCACUCUCUGCACUCAACCUCUAAAACUCGCUGGUCUGCCAGAAUCGAGAGUGUAAAACCUUUUGCUGCUCAUCUCCCAGGAAUAGCGGAAGCACUGAAUGAGUUGUCACAUCUCAACUUAUCAGCAGAGUCUCAGCGUGACGUCAAUGGGCUCAAGAAUUAUGUACGGACAUUCAAAUGUUUAGUUAUGUCAUCAAUUUGGGUGAAAAUUUUGAAACCUAUUGACAUAGUCAAUAAAAUAAUUCAGGCUCGAGGGGCAAUAGUUGAUGUUACUUGCAAAAAUUUAAGUAGUUUAAUAGCAGAGUUGAAGGCUUUACGUGAUGAAGGAUGGGAGAAUAUUUUGAAUGAAGCUGUCAUCGUGGCCAAAAAUAUCGGAUGGCCAGAAUCUUUCUAA